AUGGCCUCGGGCCCGAUGGUCUCUAAGAAGAUCCACACACUCACUCUGGCCGACCGGACGAGACUGGACUAUCACAAGGCUUUUGCGCUCGGCACAAUCGAGAAGAGACCAGUCAUCGUCCAUGGCGGUGACUUCGCAGCCAAUCUGUCUCAUCAGAUGGAGGUGUUGGGACAAGAUGAUGGUCAUGGUGGCUGGCAAGCUGACUGGUCACUACAUUCCCUCUUCAACGACGACCAUGUCAACUGCUGUUACAGUGGUGAUCAUGAUGAUGCGGAUGUGCUAGUGGAUGCGUGCGAUCAAGACGACGAUGAUGAGUUGUCGGUCCUGGAUGUGAUCAGGAGCAAAAGAGAGGUUGAGGGGUUGGAGUUCAACAUGGAGGAAGAGAUUGACCAGGCUGCCGAUAUGUUCAUCAAGAGGUUCCGGCAACGGCUGAACAAUGGAUUCUAG